CUUCUCUGUCCGGGAAACUGCACUCCUAUCGGAAUGGCUGGCACAGAGGAGACCAGGCUCACCGACAAGACUUCCGUUGAUGGCGCUCCGCCGUCCUAUAGAUCGCUGUUUCCUAACGCAUUCAAGCCCAAUCAAAUUGGCAGCCGUGUGCGGAGAACAAUGACCAUGAGCCGAACAGACGAGCACGAGGAAACGUCCGUGUCUAGUAGAUUGAUGGCCUUCUGUGCAGUUCUCGGCUGUUGCUUGUGUACUGUUGCAUUUUGUCUCGGAAUUCCGGUUGCAAUGAUUGUAAUUGGCGCACUCAAUCUUCAUGAUUGUAAAAUUGAACGUUUAAUUCCUAUCUGGUUGAUUGUGAUGGGAGUGUUUCAGUCCCUGGAGGUUGGCUUUCGAGUUUUAUUUCAUAGCUCGAGGAAAGAAGAUGAUGAAAACCAGGCAAAGUGGGAUCCUAUAGGGUGCUUCAUCUUUGCGUGGUUUAUCUGUGGAAAUGUUUGGGUGCUUUCAAACUGGAAUGAUUAUUCUCCAGUGGAGUUUAUACAUGAAGCAAACAGGACAUCUCCCAAUCCUUAUUAUUGUGAUGAUUUAAUGAUGAAAUUUUCUUUUGGAGUGAUUAUGUUAGCUUAUGCUGUUCUUGGUCUUUCCAUUUGCUGUUGCUGUCUUGCUUGCUGCUGUUAUUUUUGUUUGAAGAACUCAAAGUCUUGACUCAAGCGAGAAUUAUGGCUUGCUUGCUAGAAUUAGUGGUGUUGCUGUGUAAAAUGGUGUUUGUUUGUAUUUCCUUCAGACCUUUAGCCCUACUUAAGCUUCUGCUUCAAGUAAAUAUAGGUUGCAAAGCAAUAAUGAUUUGU